UUUUUUACAAAACGGAACCUUAAUCAGUGUCCCUCCAUCAAAACUGUGAAGACACCUAACAUAAAACCACUUCAAGGUCCCAUGCCUUAAAUUUUUAAGGCAUACAUCAGAGUGAGAGAAGUUAAGUUACCAAUCAGACUCUCCAAAUGUCUUUUACCAACUCUUCAAACAUCAUUAUUUCUACAUUAAGAACCAUCCAUGGAUACUCACAAAAUGAUAUAUAUUAUUACACAAUAGCCUAAGUACCCAAGGAUCAUAUCAAAAGCUAAUUUUCAAAUCAAACUUCUGACCUUUAGAAACAUGAAAGCAGUGCAUGACUUUUCCAUUCAUUGAGCUUCUGAUUCAUUUGGCCUUUGGUUAUAUGAUUAAUGCACCCUUUUCUUCCCGAGACUCUUUCACUACUUCCUAACACUCAUCAAAGAACUACUAAUCAAAUUCUACUAAUAAAAAGGCAGUACUUGAAAUAAAGAAACACUUCAAAUGUAUAGAAUUGUUUCAUGCAUCAAAACAGAGUGAUAAUAUGUUAUGGUGACCUCAUUCUGGUGCAUGUCCAAGACAAUGAAGAACGUGAAUACAUUUUGUUUAUCAAACGUUAUUGUUCAUCUCUCGAUCGUGUGUUUGCUAUGGCAAUGCAAUUCAAAGGCAGUUACGUAUGUAGUUCACAUGGACGAGUCUUACAUGCCCAGAGUUUUCACCUCGCAACGCCAUUGGUAUUCAUCCACCGUUACUUCUCUGGACUCCGCCACUGAACACGUUAACAGUAGCAUUUUGUACUCUUACGAAAACGCACUUCACGGUUUCAGUGCUGCGUUGUCACCACAGCAGUUACAGAGUCUGAAAGAAACACCAGGUUUCAUCUCAGCAUACAGAGACAGAGCAGCCACUCUUGACACCACCGCUUCCUACACCUUCCUCUCUCUCAACGUCUCUCACGGCCUCUGGCCAGCGUCCAACUACGGCCAAAACGUCGUCGUUGGCGUCGUCGAUUCCGGAAUCUGGCCCGAGAGCGACAGCUUCAAAGACGAUGGCAUGGUAACUCAAACUCCUCCAAAAUGGAAGGGAAAGUGUCAGGGUGGUCAACGCUUUGACCCCUCCCUCUGUAACUCCAAACUCAUAGGCGCAAGGUACUUCAACAAAGGCCUUCUCGCAGCGCACGACGGUGAUGACGACGACACCAAAAUUGGCUCCAACUCCGUUAGAGAUAGCAUGGGACACGGGACCCACACCGCGUCCACGGUGGCGGGGAACUACGUGAGGGGCGCGUCGUAUUUCGGAUACGCCAAGGGCACCGCAAGAGGAAUUGCGCCACGUGCUAAAAUUGCGAUGUACAAGGUUUCGUGGGCCCAAGGCGCGUUUGCCUCGGACAUGCUCGCAGGUCUGGACCAGGCAAUCGCUGACGGAGUUGACGUUAUUUCCAUUUCAAUGGGUUUGGAUAUGGUGCCCUUGUACGAGGAUCCUGUCGCAAUCGCCGCUUUCUCUGCGUUGGAGAAAGGCAUCGUGGUUUCAGCUUCUGCCGGAAACGCAGGUCCGUCACUGGGGUCCAUACAUAACGGGAUUCCAUGGGUUUUAACGGUUGGAGCGAGCAACACAGAGCGCUCUUUUGGCGGCACGUUAAUUCUGGGCAACGGGAAGAGGUUUUCUGGGUGGACUCUGUUCCCUGCAAGUGCCACGGUGAAUAACCUUCCUCUGGUUUACCAUAACAACGCUUCCGCAUGUGACUCUUCUACACUGUUGUCGCAAGUGGCGCGUGGCAGCGUCGUCAUAUGCGAUUCUGUUAUGGAUGUUAACCAGCAGAUUCAGCAAGUGUCACUGUCUGCAGUGUAUGGAGCUGUGUUUAUAUCCAGUGAUCCCACUCUGUUUGAAACGGGGAAAAUGACGUUUCCGGGCCUUGUUAUUAGCCCUCACCAUGGCAAAAAUGUGAUCGAAUACGCACGCGCCACUCAACCCGCUUCCGCCACCAUAAAGUUUCAAGAAACGUUCGUCGGAACCAAACGGGCUCCAACGGUGGCCAGUUACAGUUCCAGAGGCCCGUCUUGGGAGUGUCCGUGGGUAUUGAAGCCCGACAUUAUGGCCCCGGGGUCGUCGAUUUUGGCGGCUUGGGUUCCGGAUUUGCCUGCGGCCCAAAUUGGCCCAAACGUGGUAUUAAAUAAUGAAUACAAUUUGUUGUCUGGGACUUCGAUGGCUUGUCCUCAUGCUUCCGGGGUGGUGGCUCUGUUGCGGAGUGCACACCCCGAGUGGAGUGCUUCGGCUGUUAGGUCCGCGUUGAUAACUACGGCCAGCCCACUGGAUAACUCUGGAAAGCCCAUCGAAGAAAAUGGAGAGCUCUCUCCACGGGCUUCUCCUCUGGCCAUGGGCGCUGGCCUUAUCGACCCCAACCGUGCGCUUGACCCAGGUUUGGUUUAUGACACCACCCCUCAAGACUAUGUUAACCUCCUCUGUGCCAUGAAUUUCACCCAGGCCCAAAUCUUGGUCAUUACCAGAUCAAAGGCCUACAAUUGCUCAAGCCCAUCUUACGACGUCAAUUAUCCCUCUUUCGUGGCUUUUUCUGCUGACCAGAGUGUGACAGUGGAGAGAAAAUUCCGGAGAAGUGUGACGUACGUUGGAGAUGGUCCAGCUGCUUACACGGCACGUGUGAGUUCCUCUAAUGGCACGCAAAUCUCAGUUUCUCCCAAUAGGUUGAUCUUCAAGGCAAAAUAUGAGAAACGGAAAUUCAGUUUGACGUUGAAGUCUGAAAUGAAGAAGGAAAAUGCAGUGGCUUUUGGUUCAUUGGAAUGGGUUGAAGAAACAGGAACGCACGUUGUUCGGAGUCCCCUUGUGGUUGUACCUACCAACUUCGUCUUCAACCCCUAAACUCGGAUUUAACUUCACCUUAUAUUCCACUCAUCAAUAUCCAUUUUUCCUUUUUAUCUUAAUCUACUCUUCUCUUCAAUCUCUCUGCGUUCUAAUAAUAUCAACAUAUCAUUGAUUAUCUUUUUUAGCUGGUAAUUAUCUUACUCUACAAUACUGAAAAUCAGAAUAAAAACACAUGAAGUACUU